AUGCCCGCUUCCCCACUCCCCGUCCCCAACUCCACGACCUCCUUCUGGAGGUCAUCCCCGCACCCACUGGAUGAUCACCGGUCUACCCCGGAGCUCCCAGGCCAAGUCGAUAUCGCAGUCAUUGGCGCCGGCUAUGCGGGGGUCGCGACGGUAUACCACAUCCUCGACCAGUGCAAGGCCCGCGGUGUCCCGCCUCCAAAGAUUGUCAUCCUCGAGGCCCGACAGGCAUGCUCCGGGGCAACUGGACGCAAUGGCGGCCAUCUGAAGCCGGACCCGUACAGUCGCCCCUCCAGCCUCGUCACCACGCAUGGCCUCGAGGCCGCGACGGAGUGUGCUGAAUUCGAGGCCAAGAACCUCAUGGAAGUGAAAAAGGCAGUUGAGGCUGAAGGUAUCGACUGCGACUUUGUUCUGACCCGCGCCGUCGACGCCUUGAUGUCUGAUGCCAUCCGUGAUCGCAUGAAAUCCGGCGUCGAGAUGCUUAGAAAAAAUGGCGUUUCCGUAUUGAAAGACGUAUACUAUGCCGACGGCGCCGAAGCCGAGCAACUAUCGGGUGUAAAAGGAGUCAAGGGCUGCCUAACUUAUACCGCCGGCCACGUGUGGCCUUACAAGCUGAUCCUAUCCCUCCUGUCAAAGGCCCUCGACGCCGGCGUCAACUUGCAGACCCACACGCCCAUCGAGGCGGUCACCAAUGCCCCCGACGCGGAUGGCUACCUAACGCUGACCACGGCGCGCGGCACCAUCCGCGCCGCAAAGAUUGUGUACGCGACAAACGGCUACACGUCAUCCAUCUUGCCAGAGUUUGCCGACAAGAUUGUUCCCGUGCGCGGGAUUUGCAGCCACAUCACGCCCGGAAAGAAGCCAGCCCCCUUGCUGCCUCACUCGUGCAUCAUCCGGUGGUCGGAUACCGAGUACGAGUACUUGAUUCCCAAGCUGGACGGCAGCAUUGUCGUUGGUGGUGCACGGUCUGCGUACUAUCACGAUUUGUCGGCAUGGUAUAACAACGUCAACGACGACGAGUUGAUUGAGGCGGCCAAGAACCACUUUGAUGGGUAUAUGCAGCGUGUAUUUCACGGAUGGGAAGACAGCGGCGCGACUACGUCCAAGGUGUGGACUGGAAUCAUGGGCUACUCGUCCGACGGAUUGCCGCACGUCGGCGUCGUCCCCGGACGACAGAAACAAUUCAUCAUUGCCGGCUUCAACGGCCACGGCAUGCCACAGAUUUUCCUCUCGGCCAAGGGGGUAGCGUCGAUGAUUAUGGAGCAAUCAGAGUUUAAGACGACAGGUAUCCCAAAGGUCUACCAGGCCUCACAAGCGAGAUUAGACAGUUCCAAGAAUUCCAUUCUUGAGAGCUGGAAGGCAGUCAAUAAGGUGCCGUCAGCAAAACUGUAG